AUGUACUUUUUCAUCAGCAAUCUGUCCUUCCUGGAAAUCUGGUUUACAUCCUCCACAAGCAUCAAAUUGUUUGUGAUCCUGAGUUCCGGUAGGAGAACAAUCUCACUAAGCACCUGCUUUGCCCAGUCCUAUUUCUAUUUUGCUCUGGGCUAUACAGAGCUUGUUCUACUUGUUGUCAUGUCCUUUGACCGCUAUGUUGCCAUCUGCCAGCCUUUGCAUUAUGUUGCCAUCAUGAAGCCUCAGCUCUGCAUCCACCUGGUUGUUGCUGCUUGGGUCAUAGGCAUCACACUCUUGAGUUACCAUCUGGUCCUCCUCUACAAGCUGACUUUCUGUGGCUCAAACAAGAUCCACCAUUUUUUUUGUGACAACUCACCCUUAUUCAAAUUGUCCUGCUCUGACACCAGCCUGCUUUGGAAAAUAGACUCUGUUUUAUCAUCAUUGGUCAUACUGGGUUCCUUAUGUUUAACUCUGGCAUUUUACAUGGGCAUCCUUUUCUGUAUUCUACACCUUCCAGCAGCCUCUGGGAGGAAAAAAGCUUUUACUACCUGUUCUUCCCAUCUCACCACCUUGGCCAUUGGAUAUGGGAGCUGCAUUGCUCUCUAUGUGUGUCCUUCAGAAGAUGUUUCCUUGGAGACAGAGUUGUAG